AUGAACUCUGAGGAACGAAGUAAACGUCUUCUACUGGCUUGGAAUUAUUGUUUCAUUGGCCUUAUGAUGGUGACCAUGGCAUCUCUUUGGUACGGUCUACUAGAGUCCCUCGAUGACAUUGUGCUCCUCGGACGCGACCUCGCUUUUAUCAUAGCUGUUUUUUUUUUAAUUUUUAAAAUGAUCCAUUUUUCGAAUAAUGCCGAUGAAAUUGAUAAAAUUAUUGCUGACCUGGAAGAGUUCUAUAGAUGGGAAACAAAAGGUCCAGUUCAGAAGGAUAUUCUCGCGAUAAAACGAUGGCACUUUUUAAUUCCUGCAGCCCUAAUGGGAACCUGGUUGUUCUUGGUCAUCUUAUUCACCCUUAUAAUGGUUUCAACGCCAUUUUGGGUGGAGUCUCAGGAACUGCCCUACCACGUAGCCUUUCCUUUCGAAUUGCACAAUCCAUCCAAGCACCCAAUCGCUCAUGCCCUUAUAUUUGUAUCGCACGGUUAUAUCACUCUGUACAGCUUGAUCUGGAUAGUUUUUGCGGAAUUUCUGGCCGGUUCAAUUUAUAAUGAGCUAACAUCUGCCCUUAAUGUCCUGUGUCUUGAGCUGCGGUAUAUACUUACAUAUUGCGGACGUGAUAACGUCCUGCUUGACAAAGAAGUCAAUCGAUUAGCUUUGUUCCAUCAGCAGAUAAUUUGUGCUGUGGACCGAUCCAACGAAAUUUUUAAUGGCGCUCUGACUAUGCAGCUAGUAGUGAAUUUCCUACUAAUUUCGUUGGCAGGAUUUGAGGCUAUGGUUUUCAGGCACGACCGUGAAGUGGUUGCCGAGUACAUGGUCCUGAUAGCCAUGGCUCUGGGACACCUCUCGUGCUGGUCCAAAUUCGGCGAUUUUCUUUCCCAACAGUCCAUGGAAGUGGCAGUGGCUGCCUACGAGGCCUAUGACCCAACCAGGGGCAACAAAAGUGUCCACCAACGGUUGGGGCUUAUAAUCCUUAGGUCCCAAAAACCGUUGGCCAUCACAAGCAGACUCUUGCCUCCAUUUAACUUGGUCAAUAAUUUGGCUGUCCUAAAUCAGUGCUACAGAAUCUUUACCUUUUUGAUGCAAACAAUGGAGUAG